UGGUUAGGUAAGAAAAUUAGACGAUGGCAUGCAAAGAUGCAGCACAUGAUGAGUCCUGUCAUAUCUAGACACCAUCCGCUUUCACCUUCUGUUUACUGAAAUUGCCGUCCUUCUUAAACCAGAGAUAUGGAAGAAAGUGCGAUCAUGGCGUUUAUCCGCAAGUACCUAUGGUUAUGGGUGGUCGUUGGCAUGGUUUUCGUGUCUGUGGUGAUCAGCAUCAUCUUCAUGUUCAUCUGCAAGUGCAUAUCAAGAAAAAGAGGCCAACACAAAAUCCACAAUGUGAAAAACGAAUUCAACUUCAAAACUGAGAGCAACAAAUACCAGCAGAGAAACAUUGAAACGGGCACUCCACCUCUACCUCCGCGGACACAGUUUCUCAUGGCAGAAGCCCAAAGCUACGAGAACCUGGCUGAGGAGAGCCAGAGCAUCCACGACUACGAGGAUGGCAACUGUGAGCAGAAUGUAAGCAACCACGAGGAAAGCAUCCACGACUACGAGGAUGGCAACUGUGAGCAGAAUGUAAGCAACCACGAGGAAAGCAUCCACGACUAUGAGGAGAGCACAGAACUCCAGGCUGACUACGUCAAGAUGGAGGGAGACAUAAUGUUUCCUCCUCCUCCAGUCGUCAACAGCAUGAGUGGUAGUGUUUUGGAGGCCCAAAGCUACGAGAACCUAGCUGAGGAGAAUGACUAUGUGGAGAGCGUGGACAAUCAACUGGACUAUGUGAAGAUGAAUGAGGAAGAUCAAGCAGGAGACAACACCUCCACGGAAGACUAUGAUGACAUCGGGGGUGAAGAAGAGGAUGAGGAGGACUAUGAUGAUGUGGGAUAAAACCCGACACAACGAGGUGGAGACAGUUUUGAAUUCUGCUGAGCAGAGAUUAUCCUUACUGAAGAUUUCUCUUGUCUUUUUGUAUUUUUUUAAUAACAUUCAUUGAAAAAAAGAAAAUAAUUGAAGUACUGAAGACACUGAAAUCUGCCGAGUGGUGUCGAGACAACUGGUUUGAUCUUUAAGACGGUGAUUCUUUUUAAUAUAUCGAAAAAAUUCUGUUUUUCAUCUGAAUGUUGGAAUCGUUUGUUUUUUACUGAAUACAUUAACAAGCAGUGACUUGCACAGGGUCCCAGAUUAGGAUGAUAUCUGGAUUUGCAAACUACACAUGAAAGCAAUCAAACUAUAUUUCUUUGUCUUCUUCUGACUUAAAUGUCAGAAGAAACUCUUUAGUUUUAAACAUGAAGCUUUUGCAUAUAUCAUGUGUAGAUCAUUCCCAUGCUUUUUGAGAAGGAACAGACUAUGUUGCUGGAGGCUUUCGUUAUGCUCAGUUUGGCAAGAUUUGGUUCUUUUUUAAUGAGCUGAAUCAACUAGAUCAACAGUGUAAGUAAGGUUUUUGCUGUAUGAAACACAAAAAACUAUUGGAGCUUCAAAUUUGAUUCAAACUAAACAUAAGACAUGAAAUCUGAAAGUCUGUAACUGCAAGAGCCUGAGAUGUUUUUCUUUCUUUAUGUGUUUGUUGAUUUAUUUAUACACAUGAACAUUGAUAUUAGAUUAAUAUGUAAUUUUUGGGGGUUUUUUUUGCUUCUUUUCUAAACUAAAUAUCAGUGUAAAGGGGGUCUCCCCCUGUCCAGAUCCCAAACAUUAUCAGUGAGGCGUCUGACUAUCGAUCAUAUGGUGGGUUUGUUUACUUUUGUAUAUCAGUUGGUCCGUUUGAGUGGUUAAUAAGUGGGCAGUGAUGACAUGUUUGCAUGAUCAGAGCCCGAGCAGUGAGUGAGUGGGGCACAGGGGCAGUGAUUACAGUGGUUGGUUAUAUG